AUGCUCAGAUUUUUUGUUUUGAUGAAGCCGAUAAUGCGUUAGACCAAGACAAUCAAGAACAAAUCCGAGAAAAAAUUAGGGAGUUAAACAGUGCAGCUACCAGUUUAAAACCUAAUCUUGUCAUUCGAGCCAUUAAUGAUUAUUACCAAAAAUAUUCUAUUAACAAUCAUAGCGAAAGCAGCAAUUCUUUAUUUAGUAAAGUUCACAAGACUAUCCACCAAACUCGCCACCUAAUCGCGCAAAGAAUUAAUGCUGAAAGCGAAGAAAUUAUUUUUCUACCCUCCACCACUUAUUCCCUAAACAUUUUGGCUUUAUCCUUGAAAAACCAUUUAAAAAAAGGGGAUAAAAUUGCUCUAACUCAUUUGGAACAUAGUUCUAAUUGUUAUCCUUGGCAGUCUAUCGCUCAAGCAAAAGAAGGGCAGGUGGUGUUUCUUCCUUUGAACAAAAAUUUCACGAUUGACACUGACAAAUUAGAGAAUUACCUUGACCCAAGGACUAAAAUAGUUAGUCUUUCUCACAUGAGUAAUAGUUUAGGAGUUAUUAAUCCUGUCAAAGAAAUUACCGCGAAAAUUAAAAAAAUAAAUCCGAACUGUCUAGUGAUAGUUGAUGCUUGUCAAAGGGGUGGAAAAAAGAUUAGCCCUCACGAUAAAACCAACAACGAUUUACCGUUAGUUAAAAAGUUCGAAGUUGGCACCUUGCCCUUGGCUCAAAUAUUUGGUCUCCAAAAAAGUUUUGAGUUUCUGAAUGAACUUGGUAUUCAAGAAAUAAGUAAUUAUGAAAAAAAAUUAAAGGAUUAUGCCGUAAAGGAAUUAGCCAAAUUAGAAAAAAUAAUUAUUUAUAACCAAGCUUUAGAAACGAUUGACCUGGUGCUUUUCAACUUAAAAGAUUAUCAUGCUCACGAUGUAGUUGACUAUUUGGGAAAAAACGAUAUCAUGGUUCGAGCGGGUAAUUUUUGUUGCCCUUACUUAAAAGAAUUAAUUGGAGUGGAAGCCGCCCUUAGGAUUUCCCUCUUUAUUUAUAAUACCAAAGAAGAAGUUGAUAAAUUAACCCUCCACCUAAAAAAAAUUAUGCAAGAGCCAAAAUUGUUAGUGCCUUUAUAA